AUGGCACCCAAAAAUAACUUGCAGUUUGCCAUUAGACAGUACAAGCCCUCGGACAAAGCCGCCGUCAUCUCUCUUUUCCGUUUCGGCAUUCUGGAGCAUGUCUACCCGGCGUUCUUUAAGGCCAUGAGUCAUCCAGACCACAUCGGCAUCGCCCUCAGUGUUUCCAUAGCCGGUUACGUCUUGGGCGGAAGCUCGUAUUUCCAGGCGUUGCUGUUCGGCGGGGCGUGGGCUGCCGUGGUGUACUACUGUUGUCACGAGAUUCACGAUGGCUACCUCAAAAGACGGCUGGACACAGAGAUGGCCGACAUUCAAACUUACUUCCUGGACAACCCCAACAACAACUUCUGGGUGGCGGAAAUGGAGGUCAACGGGAGGUCCAGGGUGGCAGGGCUGGUGGCUGUGGUUGCAAGAAAGGGCGAAACUGACGAUGGGAAGGGGAAUGGUUGGAAUGAUGGGGUAAUUGACGCAGCCUCUCUGAUUGGUGCAGGGGGGGACGGUAGUGCCGGUGAGGUCUUUAAACUCGUCGUUUCGCCACAGCGCCGUGGCAAUGGCCUGGGUAUGCAUCUGGCUGAGACAGCUAUUGAGUUCUGCAAAGAGCAGGGGCUCUCCACCAUCGUCAUAGAGACCAGUUCAACCCAGACAGCCGCCCUGGCGUUGUUUCAAAAACUGGGCUUCAAGCAGACAGCCAGUCACAACAACACACACGCCAACCCCUGGGUCUCCAAACUGGCCCGGAUCAGUGUGUUCCGUAUGGAGAAGCUGCUCUGA